GGCAACUAAUUAUUUGGGGACAAACAGCCCAAAGCCGUCAUUUUUAAUUGUUUCAACACCCAUCUUAUUUAUCCAUCAACAACAUUCCUUCUCCAUCGCAUUACCUCCGGUUAUUUGCGCAUCAUUUUCUUCUAGCCAGAUAGCCCAGGAUGUUGCAACUGAAGAAAUCCUAUCACCCCGCGCUUCUGCGCAAUCAGCGCCGCGUCUAUGAGGAGGAGCAGAAGGCGUUAGAAGAGCGCAAGAAGACCGAAGCCCGUAUCCAAGAAAUCAAAGAAGAGCGCGCCAAGGAAGAACUACAACGACAACUCGCCAUAUCUGGAGGUCGUAAAGUAGUUGAUCGCGUGGAUUGGAUGUACCAGGGACCUAGCGAUGGUCAAAGUGGUACGACUGAAGAACUCGAAGGCUACCUACUAGGAAAGCGACGAAUCGACAAUAUCCUUACAAAGGGCUCCGACCAUGACAACCUCAAGAAGUCUGCCGGAUCGGAGAGUUUUAUGGCUCUACAAAAUGCGAAUACAGAAAGAGAUACUGCGAUGAAGAUCCGAGAAGACCCUCUCCUAGCUAUUAAGAGACAAGAACAAGCAGCAUACGAAACAAUGAUGAACGAUCCCAUAAAGAGACGGCAACUCCUAGCAUCGAUGGGCCAAGGGGAAGAGGAAAAGUCAUCACGCAAGAAGGAAGAUAAGCAUUCGAGGCGACACAGACACAGAUCACAUUCAAGAGAGCACCGCCGUCACCGACACCGUCGAUCCGACACAAGAGACAGAGACGAAUCACGAGAGCACCGACACAGACGUAGACGAACGGAUUCAAGAGAUAGAUCAGCAAGCAGAGACCGCUACAGCUCAAGGAAAGAACGCUACCCUGAACGCUCCGACCGAAGGCGAUCAACAUCUCGAGGGGAUCCCAAAGACGAUGAUAGACAGCGAAGAGGUCGAUCGCGUAGUCCACGUCGCAGUGAUGAUAGAGAUACCACAUAUCGACGCCGUCAAGAAUAUCCCGACGAAACAUUACGAGGAAGGCGACGGUACUCUAAUGAUCAAGAUGAUCGAAGAGAUAACCGACGAGACGACAGGCGGGAUUAUCGCGACCGGCGGUCAUUUAAGGAUAGACCUAAUAAUGGCCGCUACAAUAAACCCAAUGAAGCCGACGGCUCUGCCGAAGCAGCUGCAGAGGAGCGCGCCCGUAAACUCGCAGCUAUGCAAGAAGCCGCCUCCGAUCUCGAUCAGGAUAGAGAGAAGCGAUUAGCGUCAAUCGCGGAGAAGGAGCGCUUGGACAGAGAGGCGGAUGAUAAGGCUCGGGAGCGUUCUGGCAAAUACGGUGAUAGGGAAUUUGUGAACGGCUUAAGAAGGAAGCUUAUCGAGUAAGGGGUGAUGGUACUAGUGGUGACAAUGAAAAGUCGAGACAAUGUCUCCUCGAUUCUCAUUUAGAGGACUAGGACGGACUUGUGGAGGUGAAGAUUUGGGUAUUGCUAUUGCGAAUCGAUCCCAAAUCAAGCACGAAAACGUUUUUGGCAAGUUCGAUGCAAUCGGUAUCGACUACCGCAUUAUUUUAUGGUUACAGGGAAUAGAAAAGACGCUUGUACAAGAUGAAUCAGACGCGAGUUCGCGAGGUUGCUUGCGAUGCUUUUAAACACGGCACGGAUAAUCCUGACGAAUUCAUACGAAAUAGCUAGCAAUAGAAAUUACGACUUCAAAUUACGAAGGGCUCGUAUCCGACUUUUAA